UAAAAAACGAGAAGGAACUAGUGGCAAACAGUUUACUAAUGCCGAAAAAUUGAAAGAUAACUUCUUUGCUAAUUCUGAAAGAAGAAGAAAAGCUGGCGAUAAAGCUAAUGAUUGUGAAGCAUUAGCUCAAUUUUUUAACGCUACUGCUAGUAUAUCUGAUGAUGUAGAGCAAAUUAAAUUAUCAGCUAACGAACAAAUAUUCAACCAAAAAAAACAAACCUUAACUAGUAAAAUCCAAGGACUUAUUAGCAAAUGUCAAACUUCUAACAGUUAUUCCAUUGCUAAUAUCUGUUAUCCUAAACACCAAAAGGACUUAUUAAAAUUAGAGACAGAAGCGAAACAAGCAGAGAAUGAAUACAAAGAAAACAAAGCCAAAGCUGACCAAGAAACAGAUCCUGAUAAAAAGGCUCAGUUUAUGUAUCUAGCCAACAAAGCAGCAAAAAAGGCGGAAGAUAUUAAAAGAAGAGUCAAAGCAAAUCCCCUAGCAGACUUAAGCCGAUUUAGCAAUUUAGAUGAUUUAGAAAUACUUUUAGGAGGUAAUGUUCCAAAAAAUCCUCCCACUUCUAGACCAAAGCCGAGCAGCAAUAGUAGCGGAGGAAGUACCCCAACUCCUAAUCCCUUAGAAGACCCCAAAGACUUUUUUGAACAAUAUAAAACUCAAAUCUUUAUCAGUUUAGCACUAAUAAACAUGAAAAAGAAGCAACAACAACAGUUAUUAAUAGUGCUUUUGUUAUGUGCUGGAGGCUAUUAUUUUUUGGUUUAUUUACCAGAAGAAGAUAAAAAUAAGACGGAAAAGGAAAAACAACAAACUCAAAAUAAUAAGUCUGAGGAAGAAUUAAAAGCCGAACAAGAGGAAGACGCCUGA